AUGGCUGUACCUUUCCCGCCGUUGGCAGAGCUGACCGGGCCUCGAACACUGAUCCCGAAGUUGCUGAACUUCAUGAAGGAGUACCACAUGCGCACCGGCGAAUCGAAGGACGACCAUGGACUGCAGCAGCUCCUGCGAGACAUUGCGGAGGGCGGGAAGAAUUCUGGUGCACUGGGCGACAUCUUACUGCCAGAAGAUGUGGUCCAGGACGCCAUCAAGGCAUUCGAGGAGUGGAAGAAAUUGGGCCGGACAGGCAUGCCGUGCUCGUACUACUCGCACACGCACAAGUCAUACGUCCAGGCCUUUGUCGGGGAGAAACAUGGCGAAGAUCGGGAUUAUACCCUGGAAUUGAAGCGAACUCCUGAGAGGACGGAGCCGUCCGUCAUGCAGGCGGACCCACGGCAGAUCAAGCCACGACCAGACGUGGGUUGGUAUGUCCCUCCACUGCCCUUCGGCGAGUCGGAGCCUGCAUCGGCCUCGCAGCAGCCGGUGUACCGAGUGGUCGGGGACUUUGAUGGAACCGUCCAUGGCUCCGAGUAUUUGGUCUUCAAGAAAGGCGAUAUGCUGUUGAGAUUUGAGGUGGAGGAUGGCGAAGGCUGGGAUUUUGGAAAGGUCGUCAAGCGCGGACCGGGUUCCGCAGACCGUGGUCCUGAGCAAGGAUGGUACCCACCAAGCUUCGCUGA